GAGGACACAGGGAGCUGAGCCAACUAGAGACAUGUUACAGUCCUGCUUAUGACUCUUAGGAUCUUUCUGCAUCCCUUGGAAGUUAUUGUAUGUCUUGGUUUAGUGGUGUCCUGGUGCCAAAGGUAGAUGAACGGAAGAUGGCUUGGGGUGAACGAAAUGGACAGAAGCGCCCACACCGAGGAGCCAGGGGCAGUGGCUUUUGUGGUGCCCACUACAUGAGCUGCCUCCAAGAUGCUGAGCCACCAAGUCCUUCUCCUCCAGCCCCUCCACGAUGUCCAUGGCAGGAUGACGCCUAUUCCCGAAAGCGGGGUCACGUUGGAGGGAAGGAACUAGGGCUGAGGUCUGUGGCCCUCGGCUUUGAGGACAGUGAGGCGGCAGCACCCAGUGGGAUGCCUGGGAGUACAAAUUCUUGUUGGCAACACCUGGCAAGGGUGUUUCAGUCCAAGCAGUUUCGAUCGGCCAAGCUGGAACGGCUCUACCAACGCUAUUUCUUCCAAAUGAACCAGAGCAGUUUGACCCUGCUGAUGGGGGUGCUGGUGCUAUUGACAGCUGUGCUUCUGGCCUUCCAUGCGGCCCCUGCUCACCCUCACCCUGCCUACGUGGCGCUCCUGGCUGGGGCUGCUGCUCUCUUUGUGGCCCUCAUGGUGGUGUGUAACCGUCAUGACUUUAACCAGGAUUCCAUGUGGGUGGUGAGCUAUGUGGUGCUGGCCGUUCUGGCUGCUGUGCAGGUGGGGAUGGCCUUGGUGGCUGCCCCUCGAAGUGCCUCAGCUGGGCUGUGGUGCCCAGUGUUCUUUGUUUACAUCACCUAUACCCUGUUACCUGUCCGCAUGAGGGCAGCUGUGCUGAGUGGCCUGGGCCUUUCUGCUCUCCACCUGCUUGUCGCCUGGCAGCUCAACAGAGGCGACACCUUCCUCUGGAAGCAGCUCAGUGCCAACGUGCUCCUGUUCCUUUGUACCAAUAUCAUUGGCAUAUGCACCCACUACCCAGCUGAAGUGUCCCAACGUCAGGCCUUUCAGGAGACUCGAGGCUACAUCCAGGCCCGGCUACACCUUCAGCAUGAGAACCGGCAGCAGGAGCGGCUGCUGCUCUCAGUCUUGCCCCAACAUGUUGCCUUGGAGAUGAAGGAGGAUAUAAACACCAAGAAAGAGGACAUGAUGUUUCAUAAGAUCUAUAUCCAGAAGCAUGAUAAUGUCAGCAUCCUGUUUGCUGAUAUCGAGGGCUUCACCAGCCUGGCCUCCCAGUGUACCGCACAAGAACUGGUCAUGACCCUUAAUGAGCUCUUCGCCCGAUUUGAUAAACUGGCUGCGGAAAAUCACUGCCUUCGGAUCAAGAUCUUGGGGGACUGUUACUAUUGUGUCUCUGGACUGCCAGAGCCCCGGGCUGACCAUGCCCACUGCUGUGUGGAGAUGGGCGUAGACAUGAUCGAGGCUAUCUCGUUGGUUCGGGAGGUCACAGGUGUGAAUGUGAAUAUGCGUGUGGGUAUCCACAGUGGGCGAGUACACUGUGGUGUUCUAGGCCUUCGAAAAUGGCAGUUUGAUGUCUGGUCCAAUGAUGUUACCUUGGCCAAUCACAUGGAGGCUGGAGGCCGGGCAGGCCGGAUCCAUAUUACCAGGGCCACUCUGCAAUAUCUAAAUGGCGACUAUGAAGUAGAGCCUGGCAGGGGUGGUGAGCGGAAUGCCUAUCUCAAAGAGCAGCACAUCGAGACCUUCCUGAUUCUGGGAGCCAGUCAAAAACGGAAGGAGGAAAAAGCUAUGUUGGCCAAGAUGCAACGGACUCGAGCCAACUCUAGUGAGGGGCUCAUGCCACGCUGGGUGCCAGAUCGUUCCUUUUCUCGAACCAAGGACUCCAAAGCUUUCCGCCAGAUGGGCAUCGAUGAUUCAAGUAAAGACAACCGUGGUGCCCAGGAAGCCCUGAACCCUGAGGAUGAGGUAGAUGAAUUCUUGGGUCGUGCCAUCGAUGCCCGAAGUAUUGAUCAGUUGCGCAAAGACCACGUACGUCGAUUCCUUCUCACCUUCCAGACACCAGAACUUGAAAAGAAGUAUUCCCAGAAGGUGGAUGCCCGCUUUGGGGGUUAUGUGGCCUGCACGCUACUCGUCUUCUGUUUCGUCUGCUUCAUCCAGCUCCUCGUCGUCCCGCAUUCAGUCCUGAUGUUGGGACUCUACAUCAGCAUCUUCCUGCUGCUGACAGUCACAGUCCUAGUCUGUGCGAUCUAUUCCUGUGGCACUCUAUUCCCAAAGUUCUUGCAGCGGCUUUCCCGUAGCAUCGUCCGUUCGCAGGCCCACAGCACAGCAGUUGGCAUCUUUUCUGUCUUACUCGUCUUCAUCGCUGCCAUCGCCAACAUGUUUACCUGUAACCAUACUCUUAUACGGAUCUGUGCUGCUCAAACGCUGAACCUGACACCUGCAGACAUCACUGCCUGUCACCUGCAACAACUCAACUACUCACUUGGCUCAGAUGCCCCUCUCUGUGAGGGUACUACACCCACCUGCAGCUUUCCUGAGUACUUCAAUGGGAGCCUGCUGCUGAGUCUGCUGGCUGGCUCUGUCUUCCUGCACAUAAGCAGCAUUGGGAAGCUGGUAUUGACUCUUGUCCUGGGGCUGCUAUAUCUGGCAUUGCUUCUGCUGGGGCCCCCAGCUGCCAUCUUUGACAACUAUGACCUGCUGCUUCGUGCUCAUGCACUGUCACUUGUCAAUGGAACUGUGUAUGGUCUAGAUUGCCCUGCAGGUGAGAAGGUGGCACUGAAGUACAUGACCCCUGUCAUCCUGCUAGUGUUUGCACUAGCACUCUACUUACAUGCCCAGCAAGUGGAGUCAACUGCUCGAUUGGACUUUCUGUGGAAACUGCAGGCAACAGGGGAGAAAGAGGAUAUGGAACAACUCCAGGCCUAUAACCGACGGUUACUGCACAACAUCCUACCCAAGGAUGUGGCAGCGCACUUCCUAGCCCGGGAACGGCGCAAUGAUGAACUCUACUAUCAGUCUUGUGAGUGUGUGGCUGUCAUGUUUGCCUCCAUUGCAAACUUCUCCGAGUUCUACGUAGAGUUGGAAGCCAACAAUGAGGGUGUUGAAUGCCUGCGACUGCUCAAUGAGAUCAUUGCAGACUUUGAUGAGAUCAUCAGUGAAGAACAGUUUAGGCAGCUGGAAAAGAUUAAAACAAUCGGCAGUACCUACAUGGCAGCCUCAGGACUGAAUGUAGCCACAUAUGAUCGGGUGGGGCGUUCCCAUAUCACUGCACUUGCUGACUAUGCCAUGCGGCUCAUGGAGCAGAUGAAGCACAUCAAUGAACACUCCUUCAAUAACUUUCAGAUGAAAAUUGGGCUGAACAUCGGCCCAGUAGUGGCAGGUGUCAUUGGGGCACGAAAGCCACAGUAUGAUAUCUGGGGGAAUACAGUGAAUGUGUCGAGUCGUAUGGACAGCACAGGGAUCCCUGACCGAAUCCAGGUGACCACUGACUUAUACCAGGUUCUAGCUGCCAAGGGCUACCAGCUGGAAUGUCGAGGGGUGGUCAAGGUGAAGGGUAAGGGGGAGAUGACCACCUACUUCCUCAACGGUGGCCCCAGCAGUUAGCAGGACCCAGCACAAGUCUCAGCUGAAAGGAUGAAGCUGGGCAUUAAGUGGGCUCUGUUCCCACUGGGUGGAGCCAUGGAACAGAUGCCCUAGGGCUCCAGACUCUGCAAACCACAAAAGGGAAAAAGCCAGCAUGUUGGUGCUCAGGCUGUGCCUGGAUUGUGCCUGUUCCGCCCUUGAGCUGGUGAAUGAGGGAGCAAAAAGAGUUUUGCACGUGACUUUAUUUUCUUAUCUGAGACUAGAACUGCUUGUUCCCUUUCCCCUUCUUCUACAGCCUUGAGGGGUAGGGGGAGGCGAAGGAGAAGGUCACAGAAAGGAAGAGCCUUCUUGAGAGUUGGUAUGGCCAUUAAGUCAUCCCUAAACCUUACAUCUUUCCUGGUUAUAGGACUCAGAAUUGGAAAGGACCUCCCAGGUCACCUAAUCCAAAAGAAUCCCCUCUGAAAACAUCCUUGACAAGUGGUCACUCUUCCUUUGUAGGAAGUCUUUAAGUAAUGGGAAACUCACUACCUCCCAAAAACUGCCCAUUCCACUUUUGGAUAGCUCUAAUUGUUAGGAAGUUUUUUUCCUUAGAGCCAGAAUUUGUUCCAUACAUUGCUUGUAGUUCUGCCCUCUGGAGACAAGCAAAAGAAGUGUAAUUCCUUUUCCCUGUGACAACCUUUCAAAUAUUUGACGAUAGUUGUGUUCCUUCUAUGUCAUUCUCUUUUCCAGGCUAAACAUCCUUAAUGACUUUAACUGAACUUCCUAUGGCAAGGUUUCCUGGCCUUUCAAAAUCCUGGUAGCCUUCCUUUGGAUGUGCUUCAGUUUUCUGCUGUCCUUUCUAAAAUGGGGUGCCCAGAACUGAACACAAUCUUCUAGGUGCAGUCUAAUCAGAGUAGAGCACAGCCAAGUAGAACUUCCUUGGUCUGGACCCUACUCUACAGCCUAAGACUGAAUGCCUUCAGAGUGUCCUACUCUGCUGAAAUACUGACUUUGAAAUCCGUUAAAACUCUGAGACCUUUUUCACAUAAGCUAUUAUCUAGCCCCACCUUCCCCAGCUACUACUUGACUUUUUAAAAAAACCUAAGUGUAGUUCUUUACAUUUAUCUAUAUAAAAUUUCCUCCUACUAUUUUCAGGACAUUGUUUUUUGCCUGAGCCUGUCAAGAUCUUUUUGGAUCCUGGCUCAGUUAUCCAACAAGUUGGGUAUCCCUCCAAACACUGUGUCAUCUACAGCUUUGAUAAACGUUCUGUCUACACUUUCACCCAAGGCUUUGGUAAAAACGUUAAACAAGACAGGACCAAAGAUAAAGGCUUCCAGCCUUCAGGUUGAUGCUAAUCUGUUAAUUAUCAGGGUGGGAGGGGGGUUUGGGGUGUCCAUCUUUUUAUUCAAUUAGUUCCAAUUACAUCCAACUGUACUAUCAUCUAGCCUGCAUUUCUCCAUAAUAUCCCAAUGUUACGUGAGGUUUUUUCCAGACGCCUUGCUGAAAUCCAGCCAUACUGAGUCGAUAGCAUUACUUUGACAGGGCUGGUAACCCUGUCAGAAAAUGAAACAUGGUUAAUCUGGCAUGAUUUGUUGAUUAACCUCUGUUGUCUUAUAGGGACUACAGCUUCCCUUCCUAAGUGCUCAAAAACCAUUGCUUUAAAUAAUGUGUCAGGAAUUGUUGGGAUAGUGAGCUCAUCCUGCUCUCCUAUUUGUCGCUUGUCCUGAGAGUAUCUUGUUUAAACACCAAGAUGGAUAAGAGGAGUGUACAUUCCAUGCCUGCUUUCUUCAUGCCAAAUCCAUGCCUUUCCCCACAAUGAGGUCCCAUGCUGACUCCAGCCAGGUUCUCUUCUUUGGGCACUUAGCAGGUGGAGGCAGGGGAAGAAGAGAGAGCUGAAAAAGGGAAUGCUCUCAUUGAAAAUCCCUUCUUUUUCUGUCUUACAGGAGACAGUUUAUUUUUCCCUCCCCUUCUAGAUUGCUCCUGUAGGAGCUGAAGUGACCUCGUUCUCUUGCUGCCCCAAUUCAGUCAUAUCCCCUAAACCUCUUGGGGAGUGGCAGUAUGUUUGGAUAUGGUGUUGUGAAAUGGGCCCAAGAUAGAUUUUGGAAGGUUUGGAUGAUGUCACAGAGGUGAGCAACUAUGUAAAUCAUCCCUAAGUGCCAAAGAGAGUGGUUUAGGGGACAGGUUUUACCUGUGCCUUCUCUGCUUAUGUAGGGCUUCAUUGGUGGGGAAAGGGAGUGUCAGGGUAUCUAAUUCCCUCUUGUACAGUUCUUCCUAGCUGACCACCCAAGUGGAGGCACAGAGUUUCUCCACCUCCUAAGGUUUUUAGCCUAAUAGGUAAUAAAGAUAGGGAGAAAUUUAAAAGGUUUAGGGUGGCAGUGGGCAUUGGCCCCUGUCCCCCAACCCCAAGUGUGCACAUUGCUAGGGCUAGAGGGGGUGUGUGUGUGUGUGUGUGUAUGUAUGUAUGUAUGUGUGUGUAUGUGUAUGUGUGUGUAUUUGGGCCCCUGGUCUUUAGCGGUCUACUCUAGAUUCUUUCUCCAGUGUAUAUCUGGUUUCUUAAUAGUAGGGCAGUUCCCCCAUCCUAGGGGAGUGGGGAGAAGUGGUUAGGCAGCAGCAGCAAACUCAGCUUUGGUGGAAGGAGAAAGCUGUUGGCUAGGGCUCUGUACUUUGUGCCAAAUCCCAAAGUGCCAUUUGUAUGGAGGCUACAUAUGCCCCAUUACCAUCUUCCUGCCCUGGCGAAGAGGGACUGUCUCCCUAAGUUCCUGUUCCCAGUGAAUCUGACUUCUUUUGGGUAUGAUGGGCAGAGGCUCAGGAAUUUUAGGGUGCCCCUACUUUGGACCUUGGAAACCUUAUGCCUUCAAGAGUAGGGAAGAAUGGAGACCCAAACACUAGUACUAGGGACCUUGAAGGUUACCCUAAACUCUGCCUUUCCCACCUUUAAGACUCUGGGUCCCAGGUUUGCCUGGUCCCCUCCAUUUCUUGCCACAUGGUCUAGGACUGCUAGAGGAAGAGUAGGUUAGAAGCCACAAUUAAUGUGUUUUUCCUCCUGCUUCCAUCUGACCUAAGCUAGUUGGUGCCUUGGUUUCUCUAUCUGAACCUUCAGCCCAGAUAUACCAGCUUGAGAUAUACCACUCUUAGAAAUCACUUUGCAUGGUAGCUGCAGAAUAAAGGAUGAAGGUCCCUUGGGUAUCCAAGAAUAGGGGGGGCCAGAGAAUGUCCUCAAGCUCUUUUCUUCUAGGCUACUUUAUCCUUGGGCCCAUUUUAGAGCUACUUCUGCCUCCUUUUCAGCUACCUACUGUGGGCAGAUUUAGGUGUCUGUAUCGAGGCUUAGGCACCAGGUACUUUCCCCCCACCCAAGCUUUGCCUACUUGGCAGGCCCAAAUAGGAAAUUACACCUCUCCCAUGAGAAAAGAGGAAGUGUGGCAUAGUGUAUAGAGAGCUGGCCUAUGAGUCAAGAAGGCUGGGAUUCAUAUCCCAGAUGAUAACCUUUUCAUGACCCUGGACUGGUGACUUCACAACCUCUCAGUACCUCCAGGUAACUCUCUUAUGGUCUUAAGCUGCAGAGCAGGUGCUGACUACAUUGGGAGAGGGAGUUCCCUAUUUCUAUGAAAUCAUGGAUGCAAUACAAAAAAUGACAGGAAGGGGUUCCUAUAAUCGGAAAACAUGUUGGGCUGGGUGGGACAAGAGAGUAUGUAUUGUCAGAUGCUCCCUACCUGGAAGUCUGGGCAGAAUAGGGGAGCCCUGAGGGCACCCAGCUGUCCCUACUUAGUGCCCAGGCACUGAGGGAGCCUAUCUGCUCCUUAUAGUGCCAGUGGUUCUCUUUUCCCUUUAUGCCAUCACCCUCUCCCUGCCUUUUAUUUCAAAGAGGGGUUUGAGGGGGAAGGUAGGGAACCUUGGGGUUUGGUUUUGUAAUUUAACCACUUAUGGGGAGCAGGGGUGGGGAGGAUAAUA